CAUGAUUGGGUGCCAGCUUUAUAAGCACCAUCUCUUCUCUUCCUCACAGCACAACUCCACCAACAUAAAGCCCGCACCUUUUUCCGGGAAAGAACCAAAACCAGUUGAGGAAACGGAGAGAAAUCAGUAGAAAGCCCAAAAAAUGGGAAGAAUCCCUCGCCAGAUCAACAAUGGAGGAGAAUCAAACUCUCCCUCCUUUAGGGUUUCCAGCGAAGCUCAGAAGAUCAAUCGGAGCUUUGCGGAUGACGAUUGUUCCGAAUCUUUCUACCCUGAGACUCAGCAGAUAUGGGAGAAGCUCCAGAGAUCAGGCGGCGACGGAAGGAGCAACAUCGACCGGCGUUUGUCGAGGAGCAGGACGAAGAAGAAGAACCAGGUCCUGCUCGAAGGGUAUGUCGAUUUGAGCAGAACCAGCAGCAGUGGCGCCGCCGAUGAUGAUUUGAAGAGGGCGAAGAGCUUGACGGACGACGAUCUGGAUGAGCUGAAAGGGUGUUUGGAUCUUGGGUUCGGUGGAUUUAGCUACGACGAGAUCCCGGAGCUUUGCAAUACGUUGCCGGCUCUCGAGCUUUGUUACUCCAUGAGCCAGAAGUUUCUUGAUGAUACCAAUCAGAAAUCUUCUUCUCCUGCCGAGGGAAUGGAUUCGUCUUUUGAUGGUUCUCCUGCUGAUGGAGUUGCUGCUUCAGAUCAGGCUGCGUCCAGCCCUAUUGCUAAUUGGAAGAUCUCCAGUCCUGGUGAUCAUCCGGAAGAUGUGAAAGCAAGGUUAAAAUAUUGGGCUCAGGCUGUUGCUUGUACAGUCAAAUUAUGCAGCUGAUGGGUUUCGUUCAAGGAAGUUGCUUGUAUGCAAUAUGGGGAAUGGAAUCAGGGAAUUAGGCUGUGGAAGGCGAUCGAUGACCUGUAAAGUCAGGAGCUUUUGCUCGUUUGAUUCAUUCCAGCUCAAGUUCUUGCAGGAAACUGGAGAUCCUGCAUUUUCUUAAGCUAAUGUGGAGCAGCCAGGAUGAUAUCUAAUGAUCUUGGGGUUCAGGAAGAAGAAGGCGGGAGAGGGAAGGGUAUGUUUCAGGUUUUGGAUUAACUCAACAACAGUGAAAUGAUUCUUGACUUGAACUCGGUGGAAGCUAAGAUAGAUUUCUAUAUAUAUUCUUACUAUGACUAUUGUACUCAGUACAUUACUGGAGAAUAAUGAAUAAAUCUUUUUGAUGGUUAAUAUGGUUUGAUCGAUUGAUUCUCUACCAGUAUCCAGUCUGAGCUGCUGCUUAUUUAUAUGCAGUGGUGAGACUUGCUACAUUAGAGCCUCCCCCAACUACUUGCUCACUGACUCUCUAUAACUCUGCCGAGAUGUCUCUGUAUCCAUUUGGCUGGUAGAGCAGAUAGAUGGGUGGAUGAUGUGAAGGAAGUGCUGCAAGUCUGCAACUACAUCCAUCUUACCUCCCUGAGCUUUUCUUCCUCCACCACAUCUUGCAAGUUGUGGAAUGUUUCCAAAUCACAUUGUGAAUUACAAUGUGGACAAUUAGGAUUCCAGAGUUCAAGUCUGUAGUGGUUCAUCCAGACCAGUGCUUUGGAAUCUACUAACUUACCGCCGUGGUUUCUUCUAUCAGUCGAGGAUGCUUUGAUAGCAAUUUGAGCUGGUUGAUGAAACUGGUAGAUUCGUCAAUGAUUUGAGUUCAGUUUUGUACAGAGAAGUAAGUCUGGUAGAAGUUAGGUGUUUGAUAUUGUCAUAUUGAAUGAUUGCAGACACCUGUUGUUUUCUUGGCAUUUGCUUGCUCGAGGAACAUUAAUGUUCCUUGGAACUCUUCUUCUUUGUUGCAAAUGUUAUGAGGAGCUCUUGUAUGGUUAUUUAUGAUCUGUAUACAAGUUUCAGACGAGCUCUGCAAAUGGGGAAAUCCAAUUUGACUACUUCCAGUGAAACGUGGUCC